CUUGCUUACUUUAAUAGGUUUUUUGUAGAUUUCUUAGGAUUUUUCUAUGUACCAGAUGAUGUCUCCGGCAAGUAAGUAUAGUUUCACUUCUUCCUUUAUAAUCUGCAUGCAUUUAAUUUCUUUUUCUUGCCUUAUUGCACUGGCUAGAAUUUCCGGUGCAAUGUUCAACAGAAAUGAGGAGAGUAGACAUCCUUGCCUUGUUCUCAGUCUUAGAGGGAAAACGUCUAGGUUUAACUGUUAGCUGUGAUGUGAGCUAUUUCUGUGAUCUUAUGAUACGUCUCUAUCACAAUUUGAGAAUUUCCUUAGUUUUUGCAGCAUAAGAGACACUUGGGCUCAUCUGAUGCUUUCCAUGCCCCAACUGUUCUCCAAGGAGCUCUAGUUCCUUGGUUUCUUUUAUUGACAAAUGGUACGUAGUGAUCAGGGUCUAGGCACUAGGUGAGUAACAAUCACUUUUUAACUCUUCUCCCAAUGUUUUCAGAAAUCCCAACCAUCUAGUUAUAUAAAAAAUGUAAGAGCCGGAAGCAAGGGUUUUCUCUGGGUAUAUCCCAAAGCACUUUUCAAUUGUUUUUUUAGUGCCAACUCAGACCUGCCACUGAAGAACCCAGUUACUGGUAAUAUAAUAAAUUUCACAGAUGUUUCCAGAUGACAAGACUACUAUGUCUUUUUAUAAAAGAACAUUAUUUGUACUAGCUGAAAUUUUGCAGUGGAAUACUCUUUGCCUUCGCCAAGUGUGUCCCCCUCCCCACCCCUCUUCAUGGAAGCUUGAGAAGAGGGCUGAGUGGAGAGAGAUCAUUUGGUGCUAGUCAUAAUGAGCCUGAUAACUGCCAUCCCUUGAAUGUUUAGUGUGGACCAUGCACUGUGGUUUAUGUGAAUUUUCCCAAGAACCCGUUCCUCAGCUGCUCUGCCCUAAACUAACCUUUCUUUUCAGCUGGGCAUUUUCCUGUUUGGACCUUGAUUGAGGAACUUAACCAGAAACAGGCUUGUUUGCUUCUAAACUUGAACUCUGCAGGCAAUAGAAUAGUGUUUGUAUCCCCUGUUCACCCCUUAAGUCCUCCUAUUCCCCAGGGAUAAUGUGUAGGAGCAAUAAAGAUAUAAGAUUAAUAGCUCUGUGAAAUGUGUUAGAUUGUUCAAAAUACUUUUUUCCAGAUGAGGUCAGUGUGUUGGCUCCUUAAAGUAAGUUCCUCACAAGCUGUCGAUUGGAGGGUCAACUGAUGGUGGAUCCUUUAGGCUUAGUCAGAGAGAGCUGACGGACUUCGAGAAUGCAGCUGCCGCGGCUACCGGAGGUGCGUGGCACCUGUUCCGAGUUGGGCCACGAGGCCACGCGGCCAUGAUGGGGGCCCCUCAUGGCCUCCGCAGGAACAGAGCACUACAGUAUUGGCCUCCGCCAGGGAACCAGCUUCAAGCAGAGCGGCCCCUCCGGCUCGGUGCCCGCGCGGCCGCCGGAGAAGCCCUCUGAGGGCAGAGGCUGCGCGCAGGCCCAUCAGCAGGUGAAGCCAAUCUGGAAGCUGGAGCGGAAGCACGUGGGGACACUGUCAGCGGGGUUGGGCCCCGGCCUCUUGGGUGUCCCAACCCAGCCAGCGUAUUUCUUUUGCCCUGGCGCUUUGUGUAGCUCAGGGCGCUCGGCUGUCAUCGCGGGCCGCAGCGGCUCCCGUUCCCUGCACUCCCUCCCAGACCUGUUCAGCGGCACCCUGCUGAACCGCCGCACCGGCUACGGGCACAGACCCUACCAGCAGCUGGAGUCCUUCUGCUUGCGCUCCAGCCUGCCGGAAAAGAGACCUCUCUCUCUCCCUCCAAAGAGCCUCCCUGUCAGACUCACUGCCAGUAAGGCCCCUUCUUUCACGGUCUCCCCCAUGGCCCAGCCCAUGGCGUCCUCCACAGAUCCGUACCUCUCACUGGGCGCGGCUGGGGAAAACCCUUCGGGGAAGAGCCUGGCCUCUGCCAUCUCAGGGAAGAUCCCGUCUCCGCUCGCCUCCCCCCACUCCUCCUACAAGCCCAUGCUGAAUAACAACUCCUUCCUGCGGCCAAAUAGCACUAAAGUGCCUUUAUCGCAGGCCCCAGAGGGCCUGAAUACAGUACCCUCACCCAAGGCCCAUCUCGUCCCCUGGCAUCAUUCAGGGGGCACCGGAGACUGUGCACUCCAGCCCGUGGAGCACAAGGUGCCCCAGAGCAACGGCACUGUCCCAGGUGACGCCCCGGCCCCUAGCACCCUGUCCGCACCUCGCUCCUUCGACACUCUGACCACCAGUGUUGCCUCUUCCCAGUACAACCGCAGUAACUUAGCCGCAAGAGCAGAGCCGCAUUCUUGUGGCCUGGAUGGUGACUUGGUUCCUCAGGCUCUGACUAAGGAGGUUCGGUUCACCGAGGCCGUGAGGAAGUUGACUGCAAGAGGCUUUGAGAAGAAGCCAAGGCAAGGCUCCCAGUUUGAACAGUCUUGUUUCCUGAGCCCCGGCUUGCAGUGUGAUCUCCUCAACAGGACCCGGCAGUGGAGACCUCCCGUGGUAGGCCAGCAGUUCCCGCAGGAGGAUGCCGAAGCAAACAGUAGGAUCCCCCCUAGCGCCUCGGACACCUUGGAGUUGGACAGUACAGUCUUCUGUACCAAACGCAUCAGCAUUCACCUCCUUGCCUCCCAUGCCAGUGCGCUCAGCCACAGCCCUGCCUGUGGAUCUGCGAUGGACUCCCUACCACUUGGAGAAGACAAAACUCCCGUUCUGCCUUCUCCCCCUCAGCUGCUUGGUGUAGCUGACGUGGCCACCCGCCUUUCUUCCAUCCAUCUGGGCCAGCUUGGGAAGGAGGGGCCUAAGGAAGCCAGGGGACUGGACUGCCCUGUUAGGGAUAUCGGUUCACCUGCAGACCCCCAGCUAGACCUGGGUGAGGCUGAAGAUCUAGAAGAAGAGCUAGUAGAUGGUUUGGAGGACUGCUGCAGCCAUGAUGAGAACGAAGGGGAAGAGGGAGACUCAGAGUGUUCCUCAUUCAGUGCUGUCUCCACCAGCGAGUCAGUAGCAGUGAUCUCUCGGAGCUGUGCGGAGAUUCUGACCAAAUCCCUCUCCACUGAGAAAAUUGUCCGGCCAGCCCUCAUCUACAGCCUCUUUCCCAACGUGCCCCCUACCAUCUAUUUUGGCACCCGGGAUGAGAGAGUGGAGAAACUUCCCUGGGAGCAGAGGAAGCUGCUCCGGUGGAAGAUGAGCACAGUGACCCCCAACAUUGUCAAGCAGACCAUUGGACGGUCCCACUUCAAAAUCAGCAAGAGAAAUGAUGACUGGCUGGGCUGCUGGGGUCACCACAUGAAGUCUCCUAGUUUCCGAUCCAUUCGGGAGCAUCAGAAGCUAAACCACUUCCCAGGUUCCUUCCAGAUUGGGCGAAAGGACCGACUAUGGCGGAACCUGUCUCGCAUGCAGAGCCGCUUUGGCAAGAAGGAGUUCAGCUUCUUCCCCCAGUCCUUCAUCCUGCCCCAGGACGCCAAGCUCCUGCGCAAAGCCUGGGACAGCAGCAGCCGGCAGAAGUGGAUUGUUAAACCACCAGCGUCAGCCCGAGGCAUUGGCAUCCAGGUCAUUCACAAGUGGAGUCAGCUCCCCAAGCGAAGGCCCCUCCUGGUACAGAGGUAUCUACACAAACCCUACCUCAUCAGCGGCAGCAAGUUCGAUCUGCGAAUCUAUGUUUACGUCACCUCCUACGAUCCUCUGCGGAUUUACCUCUUUUCAGAUGGACUCGUCCGCUUUGCCAGUUGCAAGUAUUCCCCUUCCAUGAAGAGCCUUGGCAACAAGUUCAUGCACCUGACCAACUACAGUGUCAAUAAAAAGAAUGCCGAGUACCAGGCCAACGCCGAUGAAACGGCCUGCCAGGGCCACAAAUGGGCACUGAAGGCUUUAUGGAACUACCUGAGCCAGAAGGGAGUCAAUAGUGAUGCCAUCUGGGAGAAGAUAAAGGAUGUUGUCGUCAAAACCAUCAUCUCGUCCGAACCCUAUGUGACCAGCCUGCUGAAGAUGUACGUGCGGCGGCCAUACAGCUGCCACGAGCUCUUCGGUUUUGACAUCAUGCUGGAUGAGAACCUCAAGCCCUGGGUCCUGGAGGUCAACAUCUCCCCGAGCCUCCACUCCAACUCUCCACUGGACAUCAGCAUCAAAGGCCAGAUGAUCCGGGACCUUCUGAACCUGGCAGGCUUUGUUCUGCCCAACGCAGAGGAUGUCGUGUCCAGCUCCAGCAGCUCCGGCAGCUCCAGCGCCAGCCUGCCCAGCUCCCCCAGGGAUAAAUGUCGAAUGGCCCCAGAGCAUUUCACUGCACAGAAGAUGAAGAAAGCCUAUUAUCUGACCCAGAAAAUUCCUGAUCAGGACUUCUAUGCAUCUGUGCUGGAUGUCCUGACGCCAGAUGACGUUCGGAUUCUGGUUGAGAUGGAGGAUGAGUUUUCUCGCCGUGGUCAAUUUGAACGAAUUUUUCCUUCCCGAAUCUCCUCUCGCUAUCUCCGCUUUUUUGAGCAGCCACGAUAUUUCAACAUUCUCACCACCCAAUGGGAACAGAAGUACCAUGGCAACAAGCUCAAAGGAGUAGAUCUGCUUCGGAGUUGGUGCUACAAAGGGUUCCACACGGGAGCCAUCUCUGAUUCUGCUCCAGUGUGGUCUUUCCCAACAUCACUUCUGACCGUCCCAAAGGGGGAUGUGGCCCUCUGUGCUCUCUCCAAAUCAGAGACUGGCAAGCUGGGAAAACACAGCUUCUCCGAGGGAAGCAUACCACUCUCUGAAGACGGGACCAUCCCGAAGCCCAAGAAGACCCAAGCUGGCCUUUCUCCUCUCCCCGAGAAACCCAGUUCUUCCAGGGACAGUGAGGACACCAGCAAAGAGCCCAGCAUCUCCACCCAGAUGUUACCUCUGAUGAAGUACUCUGGGCAGACUUCGAGACUGUCUGCUUCCCCCACCUCCCAGUCAACCGGUGACUCACUCCUGGCUGCUGUGAGCCCAUGACUGGCCUCCCUCCACUCGCCCCUGCCUAGGAGCACCAGUGUUAGCUACCUCAUGGGAACUGGCCGGCCGGCUGGCUGGCCAGCCAGCCUGAGCCCCAGCCCCUUCCUCAAAGUUUUUUUUUUUUUUUUUUUUGAAGUGGUUGAAUUGCAGAGAUGGGUAUCUGGAGGGGUGGUGGGAAUGUGGGAAUGGGGAGAAGGUGAGGAAGGUUCACUGGCUGGUACCUCAUAUCUUCAUAGAGAAGCCACUGAUGGCCACUCAGCCUUAUAAAGCAGGGUUUGGUUUCUAACUUCAGAGAGC